AUGGGAGAGAAACACCACGCCGAGUAUACUUCUUUCACAUCUGACCAAAAAAGUGAAGUUCUACAGACUGUGCUAGAUUAUUACUCGGCUUUAAGUGCAGAGACAGAUAACUGGGUUGCUAAUUUGGCGAACGCCUCAUCUCUAGUAUGGCACGCAUAUCAUGACUUGAAGAUUCCAGUCAACUGGGCAGGGUUCUAUGUACUUGAUCCCUCUCAUGUGAGUCAGCUUGUUUUGGGGCCAUUUCAAGGUAAAGUGGCUUGCCAAACCAUCGCUUUUGGAAAGGGCGUAUGCGGAACGGCUGCAUCUACCAAAGAAACUCAGCUUGUCCCGAAUGUAGACGAAUUCCCGGGGCACAUAGCUUGCGAUGGCGAGACUCAAAGUGAAAUAGUAGUUCCAGUCGUUGUUGAUGGUAAAGUUAUGGGUGUUCUCGAUAUUGACUGCUUGGCAAAGAAUGGAUUUGACGAAGAGGAUAAAAAGUACUUGGAACUUUUGGCACAAGCAAUCGCGACAUCUUGUAAAUGGUAA